AUGAGGCUGCUUAUAGUCCUGGCAUUGGUUUUAGCCCUGGUAGUAGCUGAUAAUACCCAUAAGAUAGAGCUAUUGGGUAUUGAGCCUAACUCAGGCCCUCUCUCAGGAAACACCAGGGUUCUAGUGAGAGCUACAGAUCUAGGGCUGGUAGAGAGUAAAUAUCCAGAUCCAAAAUGCAAAUUUGGAAGAAAUGAUAAAGUCGUUGAGGCAUCCUUUGUAAGAUGUACACCAGAGCCUCUAAAAGUGUGGGAGAUGGAACCACCAGUAUCUGCAAGAACAGAUACCUGCUUGCAAUGAGAGAAUGCUCCACCUGGUUUUAAGGCUGAGAUUGUUCCUUUUACUAUUUCUCUAACAGGUGAUUUCUCAGAUGUCAUCAAUUCGGUUGGAUAUAGGUAUUACAAAGACCCGAAAGUAUACUCUAUUUAUCCCAGAUAUGGGAUCAAAGAUGGUGGAACUAAAGUAGACGUUUGGGGAGAAAAUUUCUUGAACUUCGAAGAUUUUACAAGAUGUGGUUUCGGAUCUGUCACAGUCCCUGCUGUCUAUAUUGACUCUAACCAUAUGCAAUGUACCUCUCCUUCUUCAGAUCUGGUUGAAAAAGGAAUUCCAUUUGUAGUCACUUUGAAUGGGCAGCAAAAUACUAAAGAUAGAAUAGAUUACUGGUAUUAUAGCCAGCCUUCGAUUCAAAGCAUCUCACCAACAAGAGGGCCCGAUGAUGGAGGUAAUGAGAUCAUUGUCAAUGGAAACAACUUCGAUCCCUUCAGAUUAUAUGAGAUUAAUAACCACAAUGAUACAUUUUGUAAAUUUGACGGGCUCAAAUUAAUGCCUGCAACAGUUCAUGAGUCAACUAAAAUUAGCUGCACAGCUCCUCCUUCAUUCGAGAGAAGACAGUCUAAGGUUGAAGUGACAUUAAACAAUCAGCAAUUCACCAAUAAUGGAGAGAUUUAUAGCUAUUACAAGCCUCCAUAUGUGUUCGAUAUUGAGCCAAGGCAAGGACCCACAGAAGGUGGGACUAACAUCACUCUUUUUGGAUCUAAUUUUAAGGAAGGAGUUCCUUUUAAAUGCAAAUUCGGAGAUCAUAUUUCACAAGGACAAUAUAUCUCUUCCAAUAAGGUUAGCUGUAUUUCCCCUCCAAACGGUAGAUCAGAAUUUAUCCCUCUCAGUGUUGCUUUUGAUCAAGAUGAGUGGUCAUCUGGCCAAACUAAAUUUUUGUAUUACAAAGAGCCAACUUUGUCUAGAAUUGAGCCAACAUGUGGUCCAGAGGCAGGAUACACCCAGCUCACAGUCUAUGGUCAGAACUUUAUCAACCUGGGUAUCGGAAAUGCUCACUGUGUAUUCAACAGGACUAUUCACACGAAUGCAACUGUAAUGGAGCAUGAUAUUAUCAAGUGUGACACUCCCUCUGCUCCUGAAAUUCCCAAGGGUGCUCCAAGAGAGCCUCAAUUCUACUAUGUAGAAGUGACUCUCGAUGGAACUCUGAAUGGAGGCCCUCCUCAAAGAUUCAAUUAUUACAGAGAACCUGAGAUUCAGUCCAUCGACCCUAUUCUUGGCCCCUUACAAGGAGGUACACAAAUGAAGAUCAAAGGUCAUGGAUUUGAUAGAAAUGCCUGUAAUAUGACUGUUAGGUUUGGCAACACUUAUGCGAGGCCAACGUCUAUUACUCCUAAUGAAAUUACAGUGAAAUCCCCGCCGGUUCGCGGCUCCCAUGCUGCUGUUGUCGGUGUUGGGCCUAACGGUCAACAAUUCACACAGUCAAAGAGUCAGGGUAAAGAUAAUUCAGAACACGCCUUCCAUUAUUAUGACAACCCAAUUAUCUAUGACUUUGAUCCAGAAGAAGGACUUUCUAACGGAGGGACAGAAGUCAAAAUAAGAGGGCACGGAUUCCAGCCUACAAAGUAUGAAAAUGGAACAUACAUCGAUUCCCCUGUAUAUGUCAGAAUGCUUGAUGCUAAAUCUGGAAGACCUCUUGGACCUAGUACGAAAGCUGAUUUUGUCGAGAAUGAUUUAAUAAGAUGGAAAGCACCUCCAGCUCCACCUGGAACUGAGGGAAUUAUAUCUCUUUCUCUAAACGAUCAUCAGUUUUAUGAGCUUUAUCAGAAGAACAAAGGAUUUUCAUUUAAAUAUAUGUCAUCUCCAUUCGUAACUCACAUUAAUCCUGAAUUUGGAGAAAUCAGACGCUCGAAUGAUAUGACCAUAGACGUUCAUGGCAACAGCUUCGAUUGUCCAAAUAACAACUGUAAUGAUGUAACAUGUAAAUUUGGCACUGAUCCCAAUUCUAUUGUGAUCAAAGGAUACAGGCAGUCUUCAAAUCUGAUAAAGUGCCCAAUCCCAGACUACCCUCAGCCAGAUGUUCUAGAUGUUGAAGUAUCAAUGAAUGGCAAGGAUUACUCCAAUAAUAAGGUCCACUUUGGAUUCUAUGAUCCUUUCGUACUCAGAGUCGAACCGAGGCUGGUCAGUAAAUCUGGAACCACUAAAGUAGAAAUCAGUGGGUUUGGUUUCGUAGACUCAACCAAUGCUGGUGGCCUCAAGGUUCUCUAUGACAAUGACCGUGGAAGCUACUACUGCAAUAAGAAUAGAAACAAAUGAGUAGUUGAUGCUGGAUUUGUGGAUAAAAACAAAAUAGUAGCUUCAACUCUUCCAUUCAACAUGUUCAUAGAUGGAAAUGGAAACAGAGUUAGGGACACUGAUCCAGUCAAUGUAGAAGUUUCAGUGUUUAAUGAUAAGUUUACAAAUAACAAAAUUAAGAUACAUUACUAUGAAGACCCUGAAUUCAAAGAUGUUAUACCAGAUACAGCUCCUGCUGGCACACAAACUCCAUUAAUGAUAGAGACCGAUUUCAAGCUCAAUCAAAAUAAUGAGGAGAUUUUCAUGGAAAAUGCUGAUUUCGAGUGCAGGUUUAGAUCACUGAACUUGAAAGAGGAAAGAAAAACUCAUGGACACCCUAUAGCUUACCCUUAUAAAUCAGGAGCUCCUCCAAACAACAUCCAAUGAAGUACGCCAGUCUGGCCUUUGGGAGGUAGAACUUACGAAGAUGUCAAGGUAGAUAUCACUGCGAAUGGAGUUGAUUAUUUUGGUAACUUUGACUUCACAUUCACUGAUGAAAAUGAUAAUUUCAACAGAUACAGUAGAGGAGGUCCAGCUAUCCACCUCCUUGGAAGAGGUUUUGACCCUAAGAAAGAUACUAUUGGAAAAUUAAAUGUGAAUACUCAAGAAAUUCUAGAACAAAGGAGAAGCCAAGGAUUCUUAGGAAAUAAUUUGAUGAAAUCCAAAGAUCUGUCAAGCGCUACUGAAAUACUCACUCAGACAUUUGAAAAGAACAGUGACAAGAAGAGAGUGUAUGAGACUUUAUCAAUGAACUCUCAAAAGAUAUCUCACCCACAAAAUAACUACGAAGGCUCAGUAUACUGGGAAUUAGAUUCAAAGGAAGACGUGUUCUCUAACAUGCCUCCAGAGUUAGCUAAAUACACUAAUACAAUUUCAUUUGCAGAGUCAUUCUUUUAUAAGCAGCCAGAAGUCAAAAAUAUUCAUCCUCAUGGAGGUCCUAUAGAAGGAGGUACUGAGAUAGUUGUAGAGGGAGCUGACUUCCAGUACAAUCCAGACAAAGGAGUUAUCCCACACUGUCAAAUUGGGGACAAAAUUGUCAAAGCUAGGUAUGAGAGUUCUGUAAGAAUUAUCUGCCCUGCACCUCCAGGAGAUAGUAUUGACAAGAAAUACCCAAUCAAAGUUGCUCUGAACAAUGAAGAUUUUAUGGACACAGGAAAGUUCUUCCAUUAUUAUAAGAAUUCUAAAAUCAAGAGCAUCAAUCCUACAUCUGGACCAAGUAGUGGUGGAACUACCAUUAAGAUGGAAGGAGAACAGUUCUCUGAUUUAAGUGAUCCAAAUGAAUUUGUGUGUAAAUUCACUCCACUGAAUAAAGAUGUGCCUCCGAAGACUGUCUCAGCAAAAUAUUUAGACCAAUCUACAGUCCUAUGUCCAUCCCCAGGAGGCUUUGGAAAUGUUGAUGUAGUCAAUUUAGACGUUUCCUUCAAUGGUGUAGACUAUACUAAUAGCAAUCAACAGUUCAGAUAUUACAAAAUUAUCACAGCUGAUCCAAGAUCAGGACCAUCUGAAGGAAGCAAUGAUAACAUCAAAAUCAGAGGACAAGGAUUCAAGGAUGAUGGAAAAAUAAAGUGCAAGCUUGACAAUCAAGAAUACCAACCAAGCAAGAUCUCAUGGGAUGAAAUUCAUUGUCCGAUGCUUCCUUCUCAGCAUGGAAAAGAUUACUUUGGAAAUGUUCCUUUCGCAGUGAAUGUGAAUGGAGAGGAUUAUCAUUCCUUCUCUGGAGGCUUCCAGUAUUUUAAGCAGCCAACAGUGAGCAGUAUUUACCCAACUCAAGGACCAAAUGUGGGCCAUGGAAAAAUACAUUUCUACGGUGAUAACUUCAGAGAUGACUUCCCUCUCUCAGAGGCUUACUGCAAAGUAGGAGAAUCUUAUGGAAAAGCUACAGUCCUGGACUCCAAGAAUAUGGAAUGCAAGCUUGAUGAGCUUUCUCUAAGUGAAGACAGCAAGCCUCUGCCAGCUCAGAUCUCGCUGAAUAAUGCUAGUUGGACUCCAGUCAAUAAGUAUACUUAUUAUACUCCUUAUGGAAUUAAAAGUCUGACUCCAAACAGUGGUCCAAUUGCUGGUGGAACAGAUAUCACUGUUUCAGGCUCAGGAUUCAAAGGUGCCUCUAACCCAAAAUGUAGAUUUGGAGUUCCAGGAAGCUAUGCUAAAACUUCAGGAAAGGUUAUUUCAGAUACAAAGAUGGUCUGUCAAUCUCCAGGAGGGUAUGAGGUUCCUAAACAGGCCUCACUACCUUUCUCAGUACCCUUCUCAGUCGCAAUGAAUGGUGAAGAAUAUGAACCAUGGACUACAAGUGCUCAUAGAUUCAGGUUCUAUGACGAUCCAACGAUCACAAGCUGUACACCAAAUGAGUCUGAAGUAGGACAAAUUAAUGAGGUAUUCCUCUAUUCUGACAAAGAACAAGAAUUUAUCCAACCGAUUCCUGUAGCGGGAUCUAAGUACUCAGACUAUGGAAUCCAUUGUAAGUUCGGAAAAUACGGUGAAACACCUGGAAUUAUUGUUGAUGCCAAUACCGUGAAAUGCAAUACCCCAAAUAUCCACAAGAAACCAGAAGAUCUUGAUAGAGAAGUUGUCACAGUCUCAGUGGCCCAGAAUGGACAAAACUACAAUGAAUAUAACAGUGAAUGUGAUUAUGUAUUCACUGGUACUGGGUCUGGAACAUCUUUCUGGCCGUGGAUCAUAGGCCUCCUGCUACUAUUCAUCCUCUUAAUAGCAGCCUUGCUCUGCUGAGCUACAAUAAUAGGGAGAAGAAAAAGACAUUAUGGAAGAAAGACAGCUGGACUUGAAAGAGACCGUGAUGCUCCACAUAUUGUGAACAAGAGACCAAGAGGUGUCCCAUCUGGCCCAAUGGAAUAUGAUUUCUUCAGUAACAAUGAGAGCUUGAAUAGAGAUCAUAGAUCUCAAUACGGAAGUACAAGCAACUAUGGUACAAGAACAAAUCGAGGAUAUUAA